UCAGACUUCUCAAAGGGAGGCAUCAUCCAUCACAAACACUGCUCGCCGGCUGAUGGCAACAACCCCAUCUUGGCUGACUUCACCCGCAGCGCCACCGGCGGGAGCUCAACCGCUUGCCAUGCCGGCUCAUACUCCUCGAGAGAGCUGGGAAGUGAUGAGGAAAUGAAGCGGGAGACCUUGGAGGGUGUGGUCCAUUCAAUUGGGAUGAGCUCCAGAAAGCACAGCUUCACCAGCCUGGCCCAGGAGCAGCAGAGGGAGACUGGGAAAGAGCAAAGUUCCCUGGCAGAGGAACAUUUGAGCCACCAACACUACUCCAUGGGCAUAUCCUCUAAUGGACGCAAAACCUUGAUGAGCAGCCCUCAGAGCCCCCUCAAAUCAGACUGCCAGCCUAAUUCCCCAAUGGAAUCGAGCAGCAGCAAAAAUGCUGCCCUCACGCAGGCCUCGCAACCUCCAACCUCUCAAGGUACUCAAGACCCU